AUGAAGAAUAUAUUUAGUACAAGAAAUAUAAAAUAUAUUUAUGACCUAAAAGGAUUUAAUGUAGAUAGAAAAACAGAUCAUUUUAUAAAAAAAGAUAAAGACUGGAUUAAUGAUAGAUAUAAAAUAGAUAAUAAACUUUGCGAUAACAUUUUGGAGAAUAUAGAAAAAGAUAUACAUUUUUUAAAAAUUCAUAAUAUUAUGGAUUAUUCACUUGUCAUAAGUGUCAAUACAAUACCGUGCAAUAAAUAUUUUGAUAGAGAAUAUAAAAUUAAUAAGCAAUCAAAUAGUUUUACUAUUUUAAAACAGGGAGAGUAUUCUAUAGGCAUAAUAGAUAUUUUAACUUCGUAUGGAGAAUAUAAAAAAAUAGAAGACUGGUUUAAUUUUCUGUGCCUUUGUUCACUCAAUAAAUCAUGUAAAGAUCCUGAAAAAUAUUCAGAAAGAUUUAUAAAAAAUAUUUAUAAUAAUUUAUUUCAAAAAAAAUAG